ACUGAAGGUCAAUGUGACGUCGCACUACCUUGAGGUUCGCGGGAAUGUUAAUCCUCUUAGGCCUAUUGAGUUUAGACGGAUGAAAAUCUGCUUAACUUUCUUACUCAUUGGAUUGUGGGCGUUACUCUGUCACAGUGAAGCAGUAAUUGAACAACAUCUACCAGCUGAACUUCUAUGUUCAGACAUAAAUUGUUUGGAAACCAUAACUACUGGAAUUCUCAUUAAAGAUGUUAGUGUACCGAAUAAGAAAACAUUAAAGGAGAAUACCUUAGUUAAUAUAAUAGGAUUAAGUGCUGAUGCUGCUAAUUCUAUGAUGAAAAUAAAAUUCGGCGAAGAACAUUUAUACAUAGACCCAAGUUUUGUACAAAUAAAGGAUUCUAUUAGUUCACGCAAAUUUUUAAAGGUGAAAAACUUCGAUACAAACUCGAAUCCUUCAACUCUGUUAAACGAAAGGACACUUAGUCGAACGUCUUUACCAUUGGAUGAAGAUUCGAGUUACAAAUCUACAGAGAAAUUAUCUGUGAAAGGUCAUCCAGACAACAAGAAAACAUUUUCCGACAAUCAAAGACAAAGUAAUGCUUAUGAUGCCGAAAAAGGGAUGGAUGAAAUCGAUGCUGAUAAAAUGGACGCAGUUAGUCGCAGAAGUCAUGAUCAAGUAAGCAAGCAAGAAGCGACGUAUGAGAUAGAUUCUGAUGAAGUGGAACAAGAUGACAAAAUUGAAGAAGAUAAUGAAGAAGACGAGUCCUACUAUAACAACUCAUCUGAAACAAAAUUUCGUGACACUGCUUUAACUUAUGGAGAGACAGAUACCACUGACUCUUCAUUCGAAUCACACAGCGAAAGUCUUAGAGAGGACAAAGCACGUGAAUCUACGUCAUCUAUUGCAAAUGAAAUGCAGGUGUCUGAAACCGAGCAUGUUAAAACUCCUGUAUCGACACCACCAGCGACUGUCUCCUCCAGUACUGAUAAGGAUUCGAAGAAGGAUGCUUCGAGUAGAUCUGAACAAAACGAGUCGAUUGCUGUGAAUCAACAAUCCUCAUCUAUUCAGUCACAUCAUGUUGAAAUGCAGGCGUCUGAAACCGAGCAUGUUGAAACCCCUGUAUCGACACCACCAGCGACUGUCUCCUCCAGUGCCGAUAAGGAUUCGAAGAAGGAUGCUUCGAGUAGAUCUGAACAAAACGAGUCGAUUGCUGUGAAUCAACAAUCCUCAUCUAUUCAGUCACAUCAUGUUGAAAUGCAGACGUCUGAAACCGAGCAUGUUGAAACCCCUGUAUCGACACCACCAGCGACUGUCUCCUCCAGUGCCGAUAAGGAUUCGAAGAAGGAUGCUUCGAGUAGAUCUGAACAAAACGAGUCGAUUGCUGUGAAUCAACGACCCUCAUCUAUUCAGUCACAUCAUGUUGAAAUGCAGGCGUCUGAAACCGAGCAUGUUGAAACCCCUGUAUCGACACCACCAGCGACUGUCUCCUCCAGUGCCGAUAAGGAUUCGAAGAAGGAUGCUUCGAGUAGAUCUGAACAAAACGAGUCGAUUGCUGUGAAUCAACAAUCUUCAUCUAUUCAGUCACAUCAUGUUGAAAUGCAGGCGUCUGAAACCGAGCAUGUUGAAACUCCUGUAUCGACACCACCAGCGACUGUCUCCUCCAGUACUGAUAAGGAUUCGAAGAAGGAUGCUUCGAGUAGAUCUGAACAAAACGAGUCGAUUGCUGUGAAUCAACGACCCUCAUCUAUUCAGUCACAUCAUGUUGAAAUGCAGGCGUCUGAAACCGAGCAUGUUGAAACCCCUGUAUCGACACCACCAGCGACUGUCUCCUCCAGUGCCGAUAAGGAUUCGAAGAAGGAUGCUUCGAGUAGAUCUGAACAAAACGAGUCGAUUGCUGUGAAUCAACAAUCCUCAUCUAUUCAGUCACAUCAUGUUGAAAUGCAGGCGUCUGAAACCGAGCAUGUUGAAACCCCUGUAUCGACACCACCAGCGACUGUCUCCUCCAGUGCCGAUAAGGAUUCGAAGAAGGAUGCUUCGAGUAGAUCUGAACAAAACGAGUCGAUUGCUGUGAAUCAACAAUCCUCAUCUAUUCAGUCACAUCAUGUUGAAAUGCAGGCGUCUGAAACCGAGCAUGUUGAAACUCCUGUAUCGACACCAUCAGCGACUGUCUCCUCCAGUACUGAUGAGGAGUCAAGAAAGAAUGUUUCACAAGCUUCGUUCGCCAUCCCGUCAAACGACCUUUUAGACAAUGAUAGUUAUCUGGAAACUAAUAAGUUAAAUUCAUCUUUUCCAGUGCAUGAUCAUAAACAAGCUGUCAUCAGCAGUAAUAUCGAUGUUCAAAAUAUUGGAAUAAUUUAUUCUUUGGAUGUAAAUAGCUCUACUACCCCAGCUGUUCCACGACAAAUGUUUGGGAAUCAGAAUGAUUUUGAUCCUCAUGGUGUUCCCGUUCAUUUAGGUUUGAUACACUGUAUAUACUGGGCAGCAAACGCUAGUUUUGAUAAAACGUAUUCUGAAACUGUUAGAUCACCUUUUUCGCGUUUCUUAGUCAAUGGAUUUACGUACUUUUUUGCGGCUGCUAACUUUUCUCUGCAGUAUUUACCAGAAAAUAUUAUUUCCAAUUUAGAUAAUUUCUUGCUUGAAACAUUUUCUUUAUCAAUAAAUUUCAUUAUUGCUUGGAUGAUUUUUUUAUUUCACUUACUUUUUAUAUGGAAUCUAAGUAAAGGUGUACACUUCCUUCUAUCUAAAUACAUUUUUUCUGAAAAAUACACAUCUCCAUCUCUCGUAGAAUAUCUAAAACUUGAGGAGUAUAGCAUCCAACUAGCUAGCCAACUUUCAGAUAUGGAAGAGUCUAAUUCUCAUUUAUCUAAAUGGGCUCACUCACUUUCAUGCAGUCUUCAAAAUCUACAGGAAGAAUAUACUUCCAAAUUAUCUGAAAUGACAUUAUCUGUGGAUGAUUCACGAGAAUCUUUCAUACGUGUUCAAUCUGAGUUGAAUCAUUUAAAAAGUUCUCAUAAUUCACUAGAACAAAACUUGCGUUUGCAGUUAACUGAUAAAGAAGAAGUUAUUCAUGAAUUAAACACAGAAAUUAAUCGUCUAAAACAAUUGCACUCUGAAAAUGAUGAUAAAUGGAAGAAAAGUCUUUUAGAUCUGGAAGAGAAUAACCGUAAGUCAAUAGAAGAAUUGAAAGAGGAACAAGAACAGUUAUAUUCUCAAGCUAAUUUAUAUUACAAUCGCAUGAAGACAAUGCAAUCAGAGGUCGACAAAAUUUUAGAAUCUAGGAAGGCAUCUGAGGAAAAGUUACUUACUAAAGAAGCAGAAUUUCAGAGUUUGCUUGCUAGUUUUAAUACACUUAAAGGUCUUGAGUUGAUUUUGGAACAGGAAUCUUCCUCAAAACAGAAAACAAAUGAUAUGGAAGAACGUGAAGUAACCACCACUGACAAUCUAUCUUAUGUUAGUCGCACCUUAGAGGAUGACGUAGAGAUUAGCGACAAGUCAAGCACUGUUUCCGAAAGUGAUUUAAAUGAAGUCGAUGAAAAGACUACAGAAAAAUCUAGAUUACAGAAGAAUUUAUCAUUGCUCUUAGAUGUUGGUCGUUUACACGCCCAAAUCAGACUUAAAGAUGAACAAAUAAAAACUGAAGAAUCUAGAGCAAAAAAUGAACAUGAUCUUCGAGUUCAAGUUGAGUCCAAAAUGGAAGAGGUAGAAAGAGAAAAUUCAACUCUUAAAGCUAAUUUAAUUCAGAUUGAAGAAGAAAAAAAUGCUUAUCAAACAAAGCUUGAUAUUUUAUCCUGUUACUUUAAAGAACGUGAACUUGAACUGCAGAGGGAUUUGGGAAAGCAUGUCGUAGUUGGUUCGGAAUCUUCCGAAGCCCUUAAGCACAGUCGAAAACGUAAUCAAGAGCUUGAGGGGGAAGUGAAGGUAUUACGAGAUCAAAUGGCAGCUUUACGUCGAGAGCUAGUGGAAACUGAAAGAACUAGUAGACGUCAAAUAUCGGAGUUAGAUAAGCGUUCUCAUGAAAAUUGGUUAGCAGCUCGUGCAUCUGACCACCAAAUUCAAGAUCUGCGUGAAGAAAACUCCAGUUUGCGACAAAAGCUCAUUGAAUCAGAGAACAAUGCAUUACGAUCGUCAAUACACACCUUCCCGGAAAAAAUAAAUAGUUCAUCUCGUGAAAAAAUUAUGAACAUUUUCCCAAGACCUAUUUUACCACAGGACGUGAUGAAAAAUUCAAGCUUAAGAGAUGUACGCUCUCAAUCAAGAAAUUCUUUAGUAAAUUUAACAUCGCAACGGCCAGUAGCAGAAGCUAAUCCAUUUACAUUUAUUCCAAAGCCUUCACCUCGAGGAACAAUGCCUUUUCCAGUUGGAAUUCAAAGAGAUGCCUUAUCAACACCAAGGCCUCUUUUGCCAGGAUUCCCUUCAGUACAGAUGGGUUUCCCGCCAGGAUUUUUACCUCCCCCAUUUCCGCCCGUUAUGAAAACGAUGAUUGACCAAAACAAUAAACAAAAUAGUUCCCCUUCUGUAAGUGGUUCACUAAAGUGAUUUUGGAUCUGUAGUGCUAACUUGUUUAGUAAGUGGUUUAUCUUGCAUUUUCAUCUUUUAUUCUCUACGUUCCGAUUGUUUCAUUGUGGUAUCAUUAUUUAGGAUAUUUUGAGGCAGGCUGUAAAGUGAUACUAUUUUUUACAUUUGUUCUUUUGAUAAUAAAUAUGUCCAGAUAUUAUAUUUCAGAUUGCAUAUAUUGAAAAUAAUAUUUUAAACAUUAAUUGGUUAUUGCACCAAAAAAAUAUCUUUUAUUCUGUCUUGGUACUGGCUAAAAUGUUUCUUACUUUGUGUGUUUAUAAUGAUGCAUUUUCGCUUUGGUAAAUAAUGGUUCUUGAGUCAUUUGCUUUAUUAAAGAAAAUGCUCUAAAUUAAUGGAGUGUAUAUGCUUUUGUUAAUUCAUUAUCCAUUGUAUACCAACUGCUUAUACUCUUACUACCUCUAUAUCACUAUGGGAUUUGAAUCGACAACUGCAUCUCUGUGCUAAUGUGGUAUGGCAACUCGAACUGAUGUACGUACGUACGAAGUUCUACGUUGUGACUGACUGUCCUAAAGUAAUAUUACUGAAUUGUUUGAGUUCAUUAAAGAUAAUUAUUUAGUUUAUAUCAGUGAUCAGUUGUAAAUAUAAUCGAGCAUUUCCAAAGAAAAUAACGAAUUACAGAGCUUAACGAUAUUGGUUCACAAUCCAGAAAAAAGAUACUAGCCUUCUUUUUUUCGGAAUUUUACACUUUUGUCAAAUACCAGGGAAAUGAAAAAUUUAAUUAUGAUGCUUAUGGCAAGUUGUGUUUAAUACUUCAAUGCGAUACUCAUUUAAACAAUUAGUCUUGAUAGCAUGAACAUAGCAUUGACUCUAUCUCUAGUGUGGGAACUAAGCUAGUAAGUUUUCAAACCUUUCGUCUUACACCUCCCGUUACUCUCAUCAAAGCCUUAAAAUGGUAUUCAAAUGUGUCACUUAUUUAAUUGUCUUUGUAUUUAUAGUUAAUUUCCACUAGCGAUGACAAAUUGUACUGCCAGUUUCAUUUUAUAAUAGUUGGCUUAACUUGUAUUUUUCAGCUCAGUGCUUAGUGUGAUAACUUGAACACUUGAUUGCUAAGUCGCACAGAAGUUUACUCGUUUCUUGAAUGACUUUGUUUUCAUUUAAUCUUAUCCCUUUCUAAUAUGUACAAGUUGUGGACAAUAGUCAUUUCUUAUGCUUGCGAAAAUCUGUAACUUGAUGUUUUUGGAAAGAUUCUAAUCUUUUAUUUGAAGUCCUUGCCAUAAAUUCUGAUUGUGCUACAGUUUAACAGAUCUUUUGAUAUAUUUCAGACCACGUAAGAUCAACGUCACGGUUUUGUUAUUUAGUUAGGUCUUCAUGAAAGAUCGCUUUAUGUAUUCAAUUUAUUCAACAUAAAGUUGAUGAUACAAACUAAUAAAUAUACUCUGCUUUCUUU